AUGGAAGACGGUGAGAUAGAAGAGGGAUCAAUAGGCGGUGUAGAGGAAGAGGAACAUUCCUCAGAGCCUCACAAGACGGAGGAAUCGCCCUACGAAAUGUUGCGCAACAGCAAGGCUUCCGUAGAGAACAUCGUCGCCGACAUACUCUCCAUUAAAAAGGACGGAAAACCUAAACAACAACUUCGGGAUCUCGUUACUCAGAUGUUCCUACACUUCAUCACUCUCCGCCAGGCAAAUCGCUCUAUCUUGCUCGAGGAAGACCGCGUGAAAACCGAAACGGAGCGUGCCAAGGCACCGGUGGAUUUCACGACGCUGCAGCUUCACAAUCUCAUGUACGAGAAAAGCCACUACGUUAAGGCGAUCAAGGCCUGUAAAGACUUCAAAUCGAAAUAUCCUGACAUUGACCUCGUUCCUGAGGAGGAGUUUUCCCGCGACGCUCCACAAGAUAUCAAGCACUCCGUUUUGUCAAAUGACGCUGCGCAUAAUCUCAUGCUCAGGAGGCUCAAUUUCGAGCUAUUCCAGCGCAAAGAACUCUGCAAACUUCAUGAGAAGCUAGAACAACAAAAGAAAAUCCUUUUGCAGACUAUUGCAAACCGAAAGAAGUUCCUAACUAGUCUCCCUUCACAUCUCAAGUCUCUUAAAAAAGCCUCCUUGCCGGUACAAAACCAGCUAGGGCUUCAUCAUACAAAGAGAUUAAAGCAGCAUCAUUCAGCAGAAUUGCUUCCUCCAGCCCUUUAUGUGAUUUAUUCACAGCUGUUGGCCCAAAAGGAGGCCUUUGGAGAACCCAUUGAUCUGGAGAUUAUAGGAAGCUUAAAAGAUGCUCAAGCUUUUGCUCGUCAACAAGCUCACAAGGACCCUGACAAUUCCACCACCGUGGAGAGUUCCAAAUUGGAAGAUGAUGCUCCUGACGAAGAAGAAGAUGGUCAGAGACGAAGAAAAAGGCCACGUAGGGUUCAAGCGAAGGAGAACCUUGACCAGUGGGGAAUAUUUCAAGUUCACCCACUUAAAAUCAUUAUCCAUGUGUACGAAGAUGAGGCUUCUGAUUCUAAAUCUGCAAAACUCAUUACUCUAAGGUUUGAGUUCUUGGUGAAGUUGAACGUUGUAUGUGUUGGAAUGGAAGGUUGUAAUGAAGGUCCAGAGAAUGAUAUCUUAUGCAAUUUAUUCCCUAAUGAUUCGGGACUUGAGCUUCCUCACCAGUCUGCCAAACUCUUUGUUCAAGACACUAUAACAUUCAAUACUCAAAGAACUUCACGUCCUUACAAAUGGGCUCAGCACCUGGCAGGGAUUGAUUUCUUGCCUGAGGUGUCUCCUUUGCUUCAUAGUGACAACAGUGGAGCAGCGAAGAAUGAAAAUGUUAUCUCUGGUCUCACACUAUAUCGCCAGCAGAACCGAGUCAUGACAGUUCUGCAGAGGAUUCGCAACAGAAGAAAAGCUCAGUCGGCUCUUCUGGAACAGCUAGAAUUUCUCACAAAGCUUGACUGGCCUCAUUUGUCCUACAAAAGUGUUCCUUGGGCUUUGCACACUCCUUUGUGCAAUUUGGAUACUUGGUCACCCGUAAGACUUCCACCUGUACCUAGAGAGUCCUCAUCUCCUGCUGCCAUUGAUGAAGAGGAGCAUAUUCAGGAGCCAAUGGAUGCCGAUGUAAGUGAACUUUCUGCUGUCACAAGAGUAGAAUUGGAUAGUAUUACAGAAGAUGGGGAGCUUCCAACUUUGCUUCCUAGCGUGUCCAAGCUUGACCAUUCCACACAGCUGAACUUAAUUUCAAAAAGUAUCGUUCCUCCACUCAAUAAAAUCAGGUCACAGAGUUUCAAAAAAUAUGAUGAUAGUUCUGAUUUCUUGCUGGAUACUGAAAGUGAUCUAGAUGAGCUGGCACAGACUGAACCAGAACAUGAAAAUAUAUUAUCCAAUUACCACGAUAGAAAUUCUGUUUCGUGGAUGGAUCAUGGGCUCAAGGAAUUUCGUUUAGUUCUUUGCAGAAAGAUGAGUGCAGAUGAGAGCAAUGUGAAUUUAGAAGCUAAGAUAAAGAUCAGUAUUGAAUAUCCUCUAAGGCCUCCUCUUUUUGCAUUGAGUAUUCGCUGUAUAUCUUCUGGGGAAAAGCGUGAUAAGCUUGAAUUAGAGUGGUACAAUGAACUUCGUGCAAUGGAAGCAGAGAAAAUUGUGGCCCAUCUCCUCCCCCUCUUCCCCUCCCGCUCCCAGGGGUUCCCCAAUGAACUAUAUAAAGUAAAAAGAAAAGAGGAGAAAAACACCCAAUAUCUCUGCACCAUGGUCCUUAUUUGUGCUACCCUCUCUAAAUUUCAGAGGAAGGGAUCGCAGGAAGAUGAUCUCCUGGAAAGACAUGAAACUCAAUUCCAGCUGUCCCCAAUAGAGCUAGCUGGGUUUCAGUAUAUAGGAGCAGGCAUCAUGGGUGAAAUUUCUGAGGUCUCGAAACUUAAGCAUGGUGAAUGUAGAGGAGUGCAUAUAUUGGACACGCAAUCUCACCGAACCAAAUCCAGGAAAGUGCAACUGCACAGGAAGAUUGUCUAA